AAAAUGUUGGCCUUGUGCACGGGACUCCACUGGAAGAAUCCAUCGAGGACACCAUGUGAAACACCAGGAUGAAAAGUGUUUUUUAGCUAUUUGUCCCAGAGGCCCGAACGGGCAGAGUUUAGUCUAGCAUGAGACAGCAGAGGGUGAGCACCCCAGUUUUCACACACUAAAGGUGCUGAGGGGCACUAAAAUACUAAGCCGAAGAUUGUAGAGGUGGAAACCAUCACGCACGCAGUAUGUUCAAGACCAGCUACCGGCAUGAGGUGCGCAAGGAGAAGUACGAGCACACCGAUGUCUUCGAGGAGCCCAUCAGCCCAGAGAUGGAGUCGGCUCCGGCCGGCGGGCCCUCGACAGUCAAGGGCUGGGAGAGCCUCCAGGAACUAAACAGCCGCUUUGCACGUUACAUCAACCGAGCGCGUGUGCUGGAGCAGCGCAAUGCUGUGUUCCGCAAACAGCUGGAGACUCUUCAGCGCAUGGAGGAGGCACCAGGGCUGGAGGAGGUCUUCAGCGAGCAGAUCAGCGUCAACAGACAGCGCAUCCGGGAGCUGCUGUCGGACCGAGCCAAGCUGGAGAGAGAGCUCAAAGAUGCAGAACGCAUGCUGGAUGAGUACAACAGCAGAUACAGAAAUGAAUGUGAAUAUCAAGAGCAGCUGCGGCACACGCUGGAACAGCUCAAUAAGGAAGCCGACAUGGUUCUAUUGAGAAACCUUGAUUAUCAAAUCCAGCUGCAGUUCCUGCAAGAUGACGUCAACGCCACCAAAGAGAGGCACAAAAAGAACCUCACUGAAAUCCAGACGUAUCUAAACAUCCUGCACCAGAUCAACCAGACUAUUCCCCUCAUGGCGAGCGCGUCCGUCUCAAAGGUAGGGUGACCUUGUGGCUCACAG